AUGCCAGCGGAUUGGACUCUGAUCUUCCCAAUGAUUACUGGCUCCACAAUGGCAAUCCAGGCAGCUACUUUUGGGGCAGGCUUCUUCUCAUUCGUAACGGGGCUACCAAUUCUAUUCAUCGUUUGGAUGAUCAUGUCGAGAGGACAGUUUGAUUUCACAUCCUUGACCAAUGCCGAGUGGUGGUCAUACAUGGGUGGCUUCCUCGGAAACGUAUACAUGAUUAUGAUGUGUUUCCUCAUCCCACGACUUGGAGGUGCUAUCGUCUUAGGAACAUCAGUAGUCUCACAGCUCGUUACCGCAAUCAUCUUGGAUAAUUUUGGAUUGCUUUAUAUACCCCAACGGCCUUGUACGCCGUUACGUGGGAUUGGAAUAUCGCUUGCGCUGUUAGGAAAUGUGGGGAUUAUGUUGGCGUCAUUAGCAUAUGAACGGAGACUUGUUGCUGCUUUACCGAGAGAAGAGGAGGUUAAGAUUGAUUGCUCUGUUGCUGAGGAAGUUGUGGAUGCUACUAAUAGUAUACGACCGUCGUCGGUACUGGAAACUGAUGCUGAAGAAGGAGAUUUGUCUAUAAGGCGGCAGCAACAGUCUCCUAAACAUAAUGAAGCGAAUGGAAGUGCGACCCCUGCAUUGACGAAUGGGUCUAUAAGGAAUAGUCAAGCUAGCCCACCGUCCAAUCAUGUCUUGUCAAUACCCAUUGCCCUGCCGUCCGUGCUGGAUUGGAGGCUAGUGUUUUCAGUUGCCGGUGGAACAUGCUUAGCUUUGCAGGCGGCGGCCAAUGGAAGACUUGGACUGGUCACGAAUAGCAGACCAUUUGCUGCUCUUACAUCUAUAUUCCUUGGAUGUUUCCCACUAUGCUUCUUGUAUCUUUGGGAUUCUAAUAUGACGAGGACGACUGAUUUUAGACGCAUUUGGAAGAAUGGGAAAUGGUGGAUGUUUCUUGGAGGGCAAUAUGGAGCACUUUAUAUGCUUUCAACGUCGUUUCUGGUUCAAAGGCUGGGGACUGCUAUAAUGCUAGGAGUGUCUGUAACUUGUAUGCUUUUUAUGGCUACUGUUUUGGAUCAUUUUGGAGUCCUGAAUCUGCAGAGGAGACCUGCUACAAUUGGUCGUAUCGUUGGCGUUUUGAUGAUGGCUGUCGGGAUUAUCCUCGUUGCCAUCUUCUAG